UUUAUGUCAUCCACUGCUUCACCGGUUGCUCGAAUCCGCUGAGCAAUCUUUACGACUUUGAACGUUUGGCGAAGUGAACGCUGCGUCCACUCCAACCCGUCAAGAUGCCGGCUGUAAUGCCACCUAUGCCUAACAAGGAUGACCUGAGAGCAACAUGGACAUACCUUGAGGCGGGCAUAGAUCGGAUUAUGACCAACUUGCAGGAUGGCGUGGACAUGGUCACGGUGAGCUUUGGCAAAACAAUGGUUACGUGUGGGAUAGCUGCUGACAGAUUGCUGCUAGUAUAUGGGCGUUUACACGUGAGGAUCGCCACUGUCAAAAAAGGCAAUGGAUCAUGCAACUGGAAACUAAUGUCUUUCAAAUAGGGCGGUUCACAAUUUCUGUACUUCCCAAACGUCAAUCAAUAAUUCACCGGCAGGGGUGCUGGGAGCUGGUAAUCGCGGCGGCGCUCACCUGCUCGGAGAAGAGCUGUAUCGCAAAC